UUUGAACAUUUUGCAUCAUAUAAAAAAGAUAUCACUUUCGGCCAUACCGACAUAUGGUAUCACUAUCGUUAUAUGACAUGUUUGGUUAUACCAUAUAUCUGUACUUGUGGACUGUGCAUUUAUAAAUACAAGAUUAUUAUUUUGGCUUGAAGUAAAUAUGUCAGAAGAAAAUCCAGAAUCUUUACUAAAAAAUGAUGCUGGAAAAAAUAAGGAUAAGGUAUUCUGUACGUUUUGUCCAUCGAAAGUGCUGAAUCAAGGAUCUGCCACAUUUGUAAACAUUCAGUUUUCUUUGCCAUAUAUGCAACGAAAAGGAGAUGGCCAAGCAGAUGAACGAGAAUCAAUUUCUGACUAUUGGCUGGUAGAAGACAUGUAUACAUUUGAAAAUAUUGGUGUGUCAAAUACUGUCGAAAAUGUAAAAUACUUAGCAUGUGCAGACUGUGAGAGAGGUCCUAUUGGUUGGCAUGAUUUAAAAACCAAAAAGUCAUACAUUGCGCUGUCUAGAGUCAAACACGCAUAAAAAUACAUAAUGAUACAUUUAUUUGUUUAUAUUUCUACAAUAUACUGCAAAAUGAUAAAAAUGCUGAACUUAUAUCAUAUUUCGUUAGAGUAUAAUUAAAUAUGUCAUAAUUCUAGAAUAAGACAUAUUGUAAAAUAAAUAUUUUUCACGAUAUUUCCGAGACUUUCAUAAGCUGUCUUAUCAUGUAUGCAAUUGUUCAUAAGCGUGAGUCCAAUAUAUGUAUGAGCCAUUGUUUAUUUCUUGAAA